UCCGCCGGCCGUACCAACCUCAGCACGAACACUUUAACUGCAUCUUCAUCAUUCACACUCUGCUGCUGUAGACGGCCAAGCAACCGAGCGAGCGAGCGCCAUGGGUCAGGGCACGGAGACGAAGACCAGGGAGGACCCCAAAGUGGAGAUCCAGGAGAAGGGCGAGGUGUUCUUCUUCUACCGGCCCAAGGUGGGCAAGGAGGAGGCGCACAGCGCCGACGACGUGCAGCGGAUGUACGUCGUGCUGCGCCCGGAGUCCGCCCCCGACCGCGCCGUCGAGGAGAAGCAGGCGCCGGACUCCGGCAAGGAGGGCAAGAAGAGGAAGACCCGCCACGGCGGGGAUGAGAAGGGGCCGGCAGACGGCGGCAACGAAGGCGGCCACGGGAAGGAGGAGGUGAACGUGGAGGAGAAGCCGCUGCUCCGGCUGAUCGUGAUGGGGAAGAAGAGCCUGCCGGACCCGGCGAAGCACGGCCGGCCGUUCUGGGGCUACGUCGACCUCGUGACCACCGACGUGCAGGACAUCAAGGACGCGCUCAAGGGGGCGGAGUACGACACGGCGACGCGCGGCAAGCGGCACCAGUCGGCGGCGAGGGCGAUGGGCGAGGGCGUGUACCGCAUCCUCAAGCACGAGGGCCGCGGCGGCCGCCCGCACACCCACCUCGUCUACAAGCUCGAGCUGCCCUCGCGCGUCGGCGACGGCGACGAGGGAGGCGUCGGGGAGCCGCAGGAGGCGAUGAACGUGGAGCCGGAGGCGUCGUUCCUGGUGCAGAUCAAGAACCCCGAGCAGCGCGGCGGGGGCGGCGGCGGGGGGUUCGGCGGGCUGCAGGGCAAGCGGAAGGCCGCGUUCCCGGAGCACUUGCAGGGGCGGUUCGGGAGCAACCGCUACGCGCCGGCCGACCCGCCGGACCUGCUCAACUACGAGGGGUGCGAGCUGCUGCUGAUCUCGGCGUCCGACGACGUCGAGGAGGAGCUGGGCCUGGAGCUGCAGACGGAGACGGAGGAGGAGGCCGAGAAAGGCGGUGGUGAGGGCGGCCGCGCCGGGGCCGGGUGCUCGGACCUGGUGAAGAUGUUCGGCGAGGUGGCCGACGUGAAGCCGCUGCUCAGCGGGAGCUGGGACUAGUUUUAAGGUCGAUCGACGUCCAGCUACCUCAAAACUAGCAGCAGACUACUCAGCGAGGCCAUCUCGGUUAGGUUACACAAGAGGCCAGGUUUUAGUAGUUGUAGGUUACAGCAGAUCUAAGCUUGCUCUGCAGUCUGCAAAUGUAACGCGUUGUUUCCAUGUAGUAUGAUGUAUCGUAGCAGUGUUCCAACUUCUUUUUUGUGACGA